AUGACUUCGAACUACGGUUACACGCAAUUUGAGACGAUCGACAUUAAUAAUCUGGAUCCGGUCAUUAUAGAGACAUUCAAGCGCAUUGAUACGAAUAACAGCGGCCGAUUGAGCAGGAGUGAAAUGUUCGAGGCCUUUUGCAACCCCGACGGAAGUGAUUUCACUAAAGAAACCAUCGUUCUGCUCUGCGGAAUGUUCGAUUCGGACGAGAGUGGCGGCUUGGACCUGAAGGACUUCGCUCAUCUUUUCCAUUUCAUGGAGCAGUGGCAAAUUCUCUAUAGGAAAUACGACUUGUCACGUCGCGGUCUUCUGAGUGUAGACGAUAUGAUCAGAGCGCUCAACGACCUCGGUUACAGAGACAUCAAUCAUGGCGUCGUGAAUAAUGUGGUCAGACGACUGGGGACUCAGACGACAAUCCAUAUGGAUGCUUUCAUUCGAGUUUGCUCGGUAUGCAAACGCGUAACCGAUAAUUUCCGGAAGCGAGACAAACACGGAACAGGACUUCUCCGAAUCAGCUAUAGCGACUUCCUAAGACUCGCUCUGAAAUCUUGUUUUUGA